AUGAGGUUUUCUUCAAUCGGUGCUUUGGCCACCUUCUCGGUCAUACAUCGAAUCUCUGCCGGCGAUUGGGACACUGAAAACUGCUUUCCGGUCCCAAGAAACUGUGACAACAAAUGUACAGGCCAGCAACAGACUGGCUGGGACUGGUCAGGGCUCACCUUAGGGCAGUCUGUCUCGAACUAUGACGGCUUCGGCUUCUCAGGCUUCACUUGCUCUAAUAGCGGUCGUCCUGGCAUAGGCAAGCGUGAUGCCGAUAAAUGCAUCUCUGGUACCAUCUCCAAGCCCAGUGGUGCAGGCUCAGCCCCCAAAAUCACCUGUGGUGAUGAUAUAGAUGCUUUCUCCAUCACCUCUUUCAAUGUCUAUGUUGAUACCGCGACGGAUGUCUCGUUCAACUUUGGAAUGCCCGAUGGAUCCAAUUGUCAGUUCACCACCAGCUGUGGGAUUGAAGGCACGCAUGUCUCGAACGACCAGUGCGGCGGUGCUACCUCGGUCAGCUGGAGUAUCCCAGAUACCAGCAAUGUCGACAGCUGUGGAUUCGGCAUUUACUCUAUCGGAUUUGAUUGCAGUCCAGGUAUCGGCUCUAGUCACACUACCACAGGCCCUACCACUUCCAAGACCAUUCCACCUAUUCUGCCAAACACUGCCACCUCCUCGCUCCCUGCUCAAUCUGUGACUGUCCCAGCCCCGUCCACGACUGAAAGCCCUUCUUUCACUGCCAAUCUUUCUGAAACAACCCCUGUAUCUGUCGUCAGCAGCACGUCUUCAUCCAAGCCAGCCGUCAGUACUGCUGCUGGAUCCACGAUUUCCGUAACUGAGAUCUUCACCCCCUCAACCAUAUACACCACAACGGAAGUCACCAUCACCAGUUGCGCGCCAACAGUCACCAACUGCCCGGCUAAUUCCCACAGUGUCAUUACCCAGACCGUCGCUGUAUCUACUACCCUUUGCCCAGUCACGGCUGCAGAGACGGGACAGAGUACUGUCAUCCCCGCUGCUCAGACUGGUUCUACUGGUAGCUCACCCUCAUCCACAUCUCCUUCAUCUGCUACGCAUUCUCCAAGCAGUAGUUCACCAUCAAGCUCCAAUCCAAACUUUAGCGCUACCUCCAGUCCCGGAAACACCAGUCCAGGCUCCUGUCCCAGCGUCGUUCCCAAGUGCAUCAACACCUGGCUUCCCAGCACGUGCACUGACAACACAGACGUAUCUUGCUUCUGUCCAUCAUCAAACACGACAUCGAGCAUUAUCUCCUGUAUUCAAGCCUGGAGCAGUGACUCAUCUGAAAAAUCCACCGCCCUGUCGUACUUCACUGGUAUUUGCAGCGGAUACGUCAGCACCAAUCCAGGAAUCGUCACUGGUGUACCGUCCACCAUCACUCUUGCCCCGACACCAGCUCCCUCUACUUCUUCAUCCGGCAUUUCCACUAUUGCGACGGUGGUCGGGGGAGGAACUGCAACUGCUCUACCCUACACAACCAUCACGUACUCCUCGAGCACGUACAUUGUUCCACAAGUAAUAUUUACGACGGUCACAUCAACCGGCGUCUCGGCCACAACUACGUCUGUCGGCCUCGUGGCUGUCACAUCUGCGCCUGCAAACCAGAAUCCUGUCUCUACAACACUCGCUACUAGUAGGAGUAUCCCCGGUGUAGCUGGUGCCACGGGGUACAGGACUCCCUCUCCCUCGUCGACGCUUACGCCGUUUACGGGUGCGGCAGUUCCUGGCGCCUCAAUUUCAAGCCAAGAUGCUCUUCUAACUGUGGUAAUGGGGCUGUUGGCUUUCUUUCUUUAG